UCUUCCUCACCCGUUUUCCGUUCCUUCUCUUGUCCCUUAAAACCCAUUUCUCAUUGGAUUCUCUGCAACUGAGUGAAGUAAAACAAAUCCACCGUUCCAUUUCUAAAUCCCCGGUCUUUGCUCUAUAUGAUGUCUUCAAAAACAGACGGCGCUGGAGAACCAUAGAUGUGGCAUUUCUUCUCUGAUUCUCGCCUGAGACCGCCAAGUAAUCUGAAUUCGGAUAUCGGUAUCGUGACGGGCUUGGCCGACGAGGAUACGACUCGGAUGCUUCGAUGGAUUGACCCAUCAUCUUCAAAACACGGGUUCACUGACCACAAGUGAGAGAGCGCCGUGGGCAGGGGAGGAGGCGAAACGUCUUAUCGCCCGCCUUGAAGAACGUUUAGCCAAUGCCCUUUCUGACUUUGAAUUUACUUGUAUGUAUUUGUACAGCAUACGUGAACCCUAAAAUUACUAUAUUUUCAAAAUAAUUUCACUUUUCGAUCUGUUUUGAAGAAAUUCAAAGCCCAUAUACCCAAAUCCUCAGAAAAAUGAGGGCUCUGCAAAUGAAGGCUCCAACGUCACAGCCAUUCCCAUUUGGGCCAUUCAACUCAGCCAUACAGAGAAGAUGGAAGAAGCCAGCAGAUACAGCGCAGACUCGCUUGGAGAACAGAACCAGAGACUCCCAACUCGACAAGCUCACAGCCAACCUCAAGAGACUCGCCACUGUGCUCCAGCUCCAACACCUCAUCUCCAAACGAAGAGGCCCACAUGUGUCCGUGCAGAUCAUGUCUCGGUGGAAGAACAUUGUGGGACUCAACGUGGACAUGGGUCAGUUACUUCGGAAAUACCCUCAUAUCUUUGAGGUUUUCACGCAUCCGGUGAAGAGGAACCAGUGCUGUAGGGUUUCCAGGCGGAUGGAGGAUUUGAUGUUGCAGGAAGAGGCUGCUGUUAAGGAAUGCGAAUUGGAGGCGGUGAGGCGGCUGAAGAAGCUUCUGAUGAUGUCAGUGAGUGGUACUCUUCGUGUUCAUGCUUUAUGGUUGAUUAGAAGGGAACUAGGUUUGCCUGAAAGCUUUAGGGAUUCUAUUCUCGCCAAGUAUUAUGAUGAUUUCAAGCUAGUAGAUUUAGAGACCGUGGAGUUGGUGCGCAGAGAUGAGGAUUUGGGGGUUGCCCAGGUUGAGAUUUGGAGGGAGAGAGAGUAUAGAGAGAAAUGGUUGAGUGAAUUUGAGACCAAAUAUGCAUUUCCGAUAAAUCUCCCAACUGGGUUUAAGAUUGAGAGUGGGUUUAGGGAGAAAUUAAAGAACUGGCAAAGGCUUCAGUAUCUGAAGCCCUAUGAGAGGAAGGAAGUUGUUCGGGUUCGGACUUGUGGAGGGAUUGAGCGGUUUGAGAAGCGGGCAGUUGGGAUUCUUCAUGAGCUUCUGAGCUUAACUACAGAGAAGAUGGUUGAGGUUGAACGAUUGUCUCACUUCCGGAGGGACUUUUGCAUGGAAGUAAAUGUGCGUGAACUCCUUCUGAAGCAUCCCGGGAUUUUCUAUAUAUCUACCAGAGGAAACACGCAAAUGGUUUUUCUCAGAGAAGCUUAUAGGAGAGGGUGCUUGACUGAACCAAACCCAGUUUAUGUAGUUAGGAGGAAAAUGCUGGACCUUCUUUUGUUAGGACGGAGACAUAGUAGAGAGCUUCACAUUGAGAGCAAGGAGGAGAGUGACAAUGUGGUAGGUGAUGAGGAUGUGGGAGUUCCAAGAGAUGGAGACUGGGUCAUUCCAAUUCUGGACAACUUUGAUGAUAAUCUCUGUGAGAUUAGUGAUUCAUCUGUUGAAGAACUCAGUGACUACUCUGAGAAUAAAAUCAGUAGAAAUGAACACAAAUUUGAAGGAUGAGACUUAAGAUAUAUCCACGUCUUCUUGUUUCUUCUCUUCAAUGACUUUGUCUAGUAUGAGGUCCUAUCCUGCAUGAACAUCCAGAAGGUUACCUCCAGAGUCGGGUCAGUUGGAACAAGUAAGAAUGAGGACCUACUGGCUGAUGUUUUUAUCCUUUUUUGGUGCUAAAUGAGAUGAUACUGAACGGGACCCUUCAGGAAAUUACAUCUGGAAGAUGUCAUUGAUGAGAUCCACCCACUGGUGGAUGAUGAUGUCAUCAUGUGUACAAAGCUGACAUCAAACACGUGUGCAAACGGCCUAAGCUGAGUAUUUACUGUGAUCAUUCACUUAACCCGAUUGUGUUUCUCUGUUAUUAAGAUGACAAAGGAAUAAAAAAUGAACUAGAGAAGGGGGUAGGGUAGGGUGGUGGUUAUUGCUGGGAGGAGGGAGACUUGCUGCACUUAUUGUCUAGGAAAUAGCAGAGUAGUUCUAGUGGGCAUCAUCCACCAUGUCUAGAGAGAUAGUUCACUUUUACUUCCCUUCAUUUAGUAGGAAAAAAGGAAAGAAAGUUAACUUAUAGAGCAGGGGAUAAGUAAUUCAACUCAUUCUAAAGUGGAAAAAAUAUUUUAGUAGAGCAUUAUGCUUUCUAUUUGUAUUUCUUGUAAAGCAGUAAACAACUCAACUUUUUUUGCCUGUCUCUUGGUUUUUUCCUUUUUUUUUCUUUUUUUCAGAUGCCUUUUGGUUUUCAUGUUGAUGUAAACUUCUUCUGGUUUCUCUGGAUGUUAAAGACCCUCUCUGAGCUUGUUCUAUUUGAGGACUCUGGCAACCAGUGGAGUCUUAGCAGACCAAUACUGAGCUUGAUACUUGCCAGUAAAGGAUUUUUAUACCCUUGUUGCUUCACUCGUUGUUUUAACUGAUUUUCAAAUCACAUAUGUAACAUUCUUGACAUCAUAAUUGUUAAAAUUGACUUCAUAUUUGCAGUUCAAAUGUGUCACAAUCCCAAGUGAGGCAAUCAAGGGAUCAGUGAGAUUUAACACUAACCUCAAGAAUAAUGUCUGAGAUUGCUGAUGUGUUGAGGAUGGCUGUUUUUACUUGUGGAUAUAUAUGAACUGGGGACAACAUACGAGAUUUAAAAUAUCAUCCAAAGCUUAGAAGCAAGAAGCAUUGUGAUUCAGAUGUUGAUGUUCACUGUAGAUUUAAAAUGCUUUAUAUUUGCUAGUAUCACAUGAAUAUUGAGAUUUCCACAUUUUUUAUUUCUUCAGUGUCAGAAGGCCUAGGCACACCACAAGAAUGCCCUAUACUCCCCUGAGAAUCAAUCUCAAGCCUGCAGGAGGGGGUUUGUACAGGGAGCUGGAUGUGCUUGAUCUCAGAAUCCUGUGAUUGAACGAUGAUCAGCCCUCUUCAAUCUUGGAAGACCAGACUUUUGCUGACCAAAUCUCAGCACCGAGUGUGGUCUAAUUCCACUAUCAGAACUUUAACACAGGCUAGUUUUUAGGCUCAGAUUAUUGAGCAACGUGGGUUAUGGAAUUUAUAGUGGAGAAGAUAUUCUGCUCAAAUUCUAUAUCAAAAUCACAUAAUAUUUGAAGUUUUUUGUCCUCUAUGCGGAGCUUCAUCAGCUUGUGGAGGCUGUUCUUCUUCAGCUCAUCAGACCUUUCAUAGGCAUAAAGCCACCGGAGUUGGGGGACCGUAAUUGCUUGCAGUUAAUGUAGAUUUUGAGAAGCACGGUAACUGUGGCAGUGGGAGUGGCACGGAAGAGUAAGUGCACAGCUAAAGCUAAAUUAACCUUGCUGAGGAAGGGCGUUAUAACACCAAGUCAGUGAACUAAAAAUUUAACUUCCAGGUGUCAUUAUACUUAACUCCAAUAAGUUGGAGAAAAUGAAAGAGAUGACUUGAGCAUUGCCAUUGCUAAAUAAUGCCCAGUAUUUAUUCAAGCCAGUCAAGUUUUGAACAUGUUACA